AUGGAUUUGAAAACAGGGAGCAACGGUUUUGCACAGGAGAAAGCCGCCGGUAACGGUGUUGAUCUGGCGUUUGACGCCUCUCAACAGGCUGCCGCGGACCAAUACUCGUGCGAACGUUGCGACGAAACAAUGGACCCCGCCUUGAAAGACGAACACGAGGAUUGGCAUUUCGCGCGCGACCUACAGGCGCAAGAAGAUGGGAGUACCGCAGCUGCACCAAGCACGACCCAGGCCACUGCGAAACCUCCACCACCGGACCUCAAGCAAGCGGGCGACGGGAGGAAUGAUCAGCCUCCAGAUUAUGCACCGCCGUCGUAUCCGCCACCCAGCACAGCUCCGAGUCGAGCCACGACCGGCCAUCGCCAUACCAACAAGGUCAUCGAAGCCGGCAAAGUUCGUGCUAGAGAUGAGCAACAAAUGCAAAACGCCCUGCAAAGGCUGCAGUUCCAGUAUAACAUCUACAACAGCGAAAUCGAGCCCGAACACGAGACAGACUUUUAUUGUAGCUGUCCCAUCCACCAGUAUCAGAGGAUGAAAUGGAGCCGAUAUGGAGUGCAGGACAUGUGGUCGCGGGCGGUCAUGUAUCCUGGUGAGAAGGCAUAUACCGACAAUCCUCAGGCGCCGACCAUUUUCAGUGGGAAUCCUUACAGACUCCGCGUCAUUUCGCCGUACGGCUACACUCAGUCUUCCUGGGGUGUGCAAGUGCCUCGGCCAAAAUAUCACGCCCAGUCAAUCCACCAGACCAUUGCCCUCAACAACCGUCUGAAUGCUGAGGCGCAAGCCAAGAUCGAUGAGCUGGAACCAAAGGUCGAUAUCUGGAAUGAUGCUGCCCUCGAAGCAGCCAUGUCUCAGCUAAGUAUCAUGGCGUCCAUUGAUAAGAAGGCAUCCAUCAAGGCAGGCGAUGAGAAAGCCAUCGAUAAAAAGGCACCCAUCAAGACAGGCGACGAGAAAGCCAUUGAUAAGAAGGCUCCAAUCAAGGGGGGCAACGAGAAAAAUCUAGGAGGAGUUCCAGAAAAGGGAUCUUCCUCUGCAAGUGGAAACUCGGAGAAGCCGGCCAAAUCAUCGAAGCUUUCAAGUUUCAGGCAGUCCAUCGGCAUCAAAUCUUCAAAAGAAAGGGCAGUCGGGAAGGCAGAAAAGAUGGUGUUUCAAGGCCGUGAGCUGCGCGACGCGAUUCUGGCAGAGGAGGCGGGCAGGUGGCCUGACGAACAGUGGCGGCAUAUUGUGGCGGUAUAUCAAGAGAAGGUUGGUAUGUCGGGGAAGAUUGCUUACCUUCGAGCUCGCCAACCCAUCCAAUACCUCCACCUCCUCAGGGCGGGCUACUUUGAGCCUAUUCCUGUGGCUUGGGCCACUCAAGCCUCCAAUCCACUAAAGUUCAGCAUCGAAGCGGCAUCCGGAUGGAGGGGAAUCACGCCUGCCUGGCGAGGAUACGAAGAUACCGCCGAGGAGCGGCUCUACUGGGUCUUGAACCACCGUGAAGGCAGCGUUGGAAUGAGGAUGAAGCCAGAUUUUAUUUCAGAGAUGGAUAUGGCUCGGGCCAGAAUGGCUACAGCAGUCGAGCCGCCACCCGAGUACUACUCAGCCACCGACACCUGUCAUAUCCAACAUACUUCUGAAGGCUACUCCAGGCAAGUCAUGCCCAGACCCUUUGUGGCUUACGAUCGACCCGAAAUGCCGACAGACGACACAAUGAUUCUCCUGGAUGUCUCGGGGUCCAUGGAUUUUGACCCGUUGCGACCAAUUUACGACCAGUAUCUGAUCACUGGCUAUAAAAAAUCCACCCAGCCCAAGAACAAAGAUGUCGCCAAAGCGGUGAUCCGACGCUUCACCGACGCCAUGGCAAACCACGACCACCAGUUCCAGGGCUACGAUAUGGUCACUUUCUCCAGCUCGGCCGAAUACAUCGGCACCAUCAACCACCAGAACCUCAACCAAAUGUGGAACAGGAUCCACAUCGGAGGCGGCACCCGCGUCAUGACAGGCUGGCAAAAGGUCAAGGAACUACAUUUCCAGAAGCACUCCGAGUCUGCCACGCACCAUCCCGUGUACGGGUGGCAAGCCGGGCCCGAGACACCCAUGCUGCGCUUGCUUCUCCUCCUCGACGGCGAGGCCACGGACAUGGACGAGUUCGAGCUGGAUCUCUUGGGAUUGUCGUGGGCUCACGUCACCAUCUUCCUCAUCGGCGUCGACGGGUGCCCGCACCACCAUCGCCACGCCAACGAACUGCAGCGCAUCAGCGACGUCAACCACCACGUCUCCUUUGUCGAUGCGCAGGGCAACACGCCCGAGAGGUUUGUGACGCAUGAGCUGCUCAAGAGGCAUUUGGGCUACGAGAUCUCCAUGACUGAAUUUGAGGGCAUGGAGGAAUUGCCGGAAUAUACGGCGUGA